AUGUCAUACCUGGGAAAAGGGACGUGCAGCAUCGGUGCCAAUAACACGUCAUACCUGGGAUAUUGGACGUGCACCAUCGGUGCCAAUAACACGUCAUACCUGGGAUAUGGGACGUGCACCAUCGGUGCCAAUAACACGUCAUACCUGGGAUAUUGGACGUGCACCAUCGGUGCCAAUAACACGUCAUACCUGGGAUAUGGGACGUGCACCAUCGGUGCCAAUAACACGUCAUACCUGGGAUAUGGGACGUGCACCAUCGGUGCCAAUAACACGUCAUACCUGGGAUAUGGGACGUGCACCAUCGGUGCCAAUAACACGUCAUACCUGGGAUAUGGGACGUGCACCAUCGGUGCCAAUAACACGUCAUACCUGGGAUAUGGGACGUGCACCAUCGGUGCCAAUAACACGUCAUACCUGGGAUAUGGGACGUGCACCAUCGGUGCCAAUAACACGUCAUACCUGGGAUAUGGGACGUGCACCAUCGGUGCCAAUAACACGUCAUACCUGGGAUAUGGGACGUGCACCAUCGGUGCCAAUAACCCGUCAUACCUGGGAUAUGGGACGUGCACCAUCGGUGCCAAUGACACGUCAUACCUGGGAUAUGGGACGUGCACCAUCGGUGCCAAUGACACGUCAUACCUGGGAUAUGGGACGUGCACCAUCGGUGCCAAUGACACGUCAUACCUGGGAUAUGGGACGUGCACCAUCGGUGCCAAUGAAAUGUCGUUCUUGUGA